UGAUGUUCACAUUAUUCCUCAUCGUCAGGUCAUUGUGCUGGCUGUGUGUGAAUUAGGUUAGGCCAUGCCGUCGGAACACACCUCCGCAGCUCAAGUCGCCGGAUAGCUUACGUCGUCUCCUGCCGUCCAAGGUAAGGUAGUAUCCGACGCUCACCCUUGCCCAACAGCCUAUUCUCGCUAGAACCAAGCCUCGGCAUUUCACCCCUUUUAGCCUGGCGAGCCUGCCUGACUUAUUUCUGAGCAAUUUCGUACGAUGCUCCCGUAGUUCUUACCGAAGCAUCUGCCUGUCGCGACACCAAAGCCUGUCAUGGCGUCGGCACUCGCCAGCCUCGUGUCGCACACGAACCUUCGCUCGCUCCUCAUCUUCGCACUCGUCGCAUGCUUCGCCUUCCUCUCUGUCGAGGUCGGUUACAACCUUCGUUACACCGCCACCACCACCGCCGCGGGCCACGCAAACCCCUCCUUCGCGCACGUCGCAACGCGCGCCGCGGCGUCGCUGCUGCUCCCGCGGCACCAGCCGCAGGCGGCGCAGCCGCGCCCGGGGGAGAGCGCGGAGGAGGUGCUGGGGAAGCUGCGCGCGGAGAUCGAGAAGCAGCAGCUGCGCACGGCGAAGCGGCAGCUGUUCCGCGACGAGGUGCGCACGCUCAUGGACGAGAUCGCGCGGCUUAAAGCCAACCACUCCGGACCAAUCAAAGCCGAAGAUCUUAAAACCUUCGCUGACGUCAGCAACGGCACAGGGGGCGGAGGGGGAGGAGGGGGAGGCAGUGGGUUGGGCCCCGAUGCUGUUGCUGCAGCGGCGGAGCUGGCGAAAUGCGAGGCGUCCUUGCAAGAGUGCAGAGAGAGCCUUGGGCGGGCUGGUGGAAUGGAGGGGACGGGAGUGGUGGGUGGGACUAAUGUGCCGGGUGGAGCUGCCACUGGCGGGGCUCCAGUGAAUAGUGCAGCAAGUGGAUCUGGUGGUGCGGUGUCUGCUGCGGUGGUUGCAAGGAGUGAGAACGAGACACUAGCAGCGCUGCAGACGCAGUGCGAGCAGCAGCAGAUUCUCAACGAGCGCCUGCAGCAGGAGAGGGAGCGGCUGGCGGCCGCAGUGGCGCACUACUCGCGGAACACCACGGACUGCAACGACACCGUGUCCAGUGAUGAUGCCUUGCAGGCGGCACGGAAAGCAAUCCAAGAGUGCGGCCGGGCAGCUGAACAAGCGCGGGAGAGCGCCAUUGGCGGUGGGUACAGCAGCGAGCAGCUUUCAGCUGCCCGGAUUCGUGCCACGUCAUGCACGGCCACAGAUGAAGAACUCCUAAAGUACCUGAGUUACUCCCCCAAGAAGCCGUGCCCCGACGACUGGUACUUGGUCCAGCACCUCAUCUUCGUCCGCAACUGCUUCUGCCUGCCGCGCCGCCGCUGCUUUGCCGCUGCGCCCCCUGACUACCAGGAGCCGAGCAUCCCGUUCCCGCAGUCAGUGUUUGACCCGCGCGCCCUGCUGGACGCCAACGUGCGCUGGGACCUGCACCGCUGCAAGUCGUACACGUGCAUCAACUCACGCCUGCUGGGGGACUGCAGGGACUGUUUCAACCUCACGCUCGAGGCCAAGCGCUGGAAGAACAACUACCGGGGGGCCGUGACUAUGGAGGAGGUGAUGGGGUUGAAGCCCCAGGGGUCGGUUAGGAUAGGGCUGGAUGCUGGUGGGGGGACAGGGAGCUUUGCAGCAGCGAUGGCGCUCUACAACGUUACGAUUCUGACCACGGCUAUGAACACGGAGACAGUGCAAGAAGUGGAAAUGGGGUUGCCUUAUAUGGAGACGAUUGCACAGCGGGGACUAGUGCCGCUCCACGUGCCGCACAAGGCCCGCCAGCCGUUCUUCGACAACACCUUGGAUUUGAUUCACACGGUGAACAGUAUCAAGUACUUCUCCAUCCCGGAAUUUGAGGAGCUUCUGUUCGAGUGGGACCGGAUUCUAAGGCCGGGAGGCAUCUGGUGGUUUGAGCUGUUCUAUGCGCCGGUGUGGGAGAUGCCGCUGUACAUUGGGGUGAUAGAGCAGUUUGGGUAUGGCAAGAAGUACUGGAACCUGACACCCAAAACAGAUACGGCUGAGAGGGAGGGUGAGCAUGUGUACCUGAACUGCGUGCUGGAGAAGCCUAGUCAGAGAUAGCAGUGGAGGAUUAUGAUCCAGGGAUGUAAGGAGUUCAAUUUUGAAUCUACGCAUGACAUUUUGUUGUGGGGAAUAAAUCAUACCGCAUAAUACAAAUUUUGAUGUGGG